GCAACCGCGACACACGCCGGCACACGACCACGACGACAAGGCCCCGGGCUCAAUCCAAACCGCCAGACGCAAUUCCUGCCUUGUACUGCACUCGCGCAUCCCGCCACUUUGACAGUGAGCACCCAGGCGCGCCAGGCAGGCCACUCGCGCCGCUCAACCGCCAUCCCAUCGUAGCGCCUCCCGGCCGAGCGUCCGCAUACGCCUCCUCCCACCACCACCACCAUGUCGCAAUCACUACGGCCGUACCUCCAGGCCGUCCGCUCGACCCUGACCGCGGCCCUGACCCUCUCCAACUUUGCCUCGCAGUCCGCCGAGCGGCACAACGUCCCCGAGAUCGAGGCCCAGACCUCGCCCGAGGUCCUGCUGACCCCGCUCGUCGUGGCCCGCAACGAGAACGAAAAGGUCCUCGUCGAGCCCUCGGUCAACUCGGUCCGCGUCAGCAUCAAGAUCAAGCAGGCCGACGAGAUUGAGCAGAUCCUCGUCCACAAGUUCACCCGCUUCCUCACCCAGCGCGCAGAGGCCUUCUUCAUCCUCCGCCGCAAGCCCAUCAAGGGGUACGACAUCUCGUUCCUCGUCACAAACUUCCACACCGAGGAGAUGCUCAAGCACAAGCUCGUCGACUUCAUCAUCCAGUUCAUGGAGGAGGUCGACAAGGAAAUCUCCGAGAUGAAGCUCUUUCUCAAUGCGAGAGCGCGCUUUGUCGCCGAGUCCUUCUUAACACCGUUCGAUUAAAGUCGUGCAAUGUGCGUCGCCGGUGUUGCGUGGCACCUAGGCAGAGAGAGAACAUACGGGAAAGAGGCUACCAGGUAGAGCCGGACGGGAUCGCCAAAACUCCUUGCAAGGAACUGGCCGAUGGUGGUGGCCGGAAAUUGAAAAGUGGUAUAUAUCGUGAUAGACAAGACGAGAAAACAAUCACCAGCAUCAUCAUCAUCACCA